CAAUGAGUGAUGCCGAGUUAAAAGAACGGACACUCAUGGCUAUUGAAACUCUAUUACAAAAUAAUAAUCGAAGUUUGAAGGACUUCAAGACAAUGCCAUAUCCGAAAGAUUAUGUUGAAUCCUUUACAGGAAAUCGACUCCUUUAUGAUGAACGUCAAUAUGAUGUUGUUGCUCAGCAACAAAUUUUUGAAAGUUUGUAUGCUUCUCUUACAGAUGAACAAAGAAGCAUCUUUGAGGAGAUCAUGGAUGCUGUAGAAAAGCAAGAAGGCGGAGUUUUUUUUUUAUAUGGCUACGGUGGCACUGGUAAGACCUUCAUGUGGAACACUCUAUCAGCAGCCCUUAGGUCUAAGAAAAAAAUUGUUUUGCCCGUUGCUUCAAGUGGGAUUGCAAGUUUGUUGUUACCAGGUGGAAGAACAGCUCAUUCUAGAUUUAAGAUUCCUGUCCCUACAUUAGAAACUUCUAUAUGCAACAUUGAAAAACAAGAUGAUCUUGCCGAGCUUCUAAAGAUGACAGAUCUAAUCAUAUGGGAUGAGGCUCCUAUGGCUAACAAGUUUUGCUUUGAAUCACUCGACAAAUCAUUGAGAGAUAUUAUGAGUGGAACCACACAUGCUUCUAAAAGAGUUUUUGGAGGUAAGGUUGUUGUGUUUGGAGGUGACUUCAGACAAAUUCUCCCUGUUAUACCAAGAGGUACUAGAUCUGAUAUUAUCCAUGCAACAAUCAAUGCUUCUUAUAUUUGGGAUCAUUGUAGAGUCUUGAGGCUUACAAAAAAAAAAAUUGGAGAUGGCACAAUGUGUGAGCCAAAUGAUGGCUAUGCUAAUAUUUGUAUUCCAGAUGAGUUCUUAAUUUCUAGCUUUUCAGAUCCGAUUAAGGGAAUUGUUGAAGAUACGUACCCUGAUCUCAUUCAUAACUAUCUUGAUUCCAAUUAUCUUCAAAGUCGUGCGAUCUUAGCUUCGACAAUCGAAGUAGUCGAUGAUAUUAACCAAUAUAUAACAAACCUUCUUCCAGGAGAAGAGAAAGAAUACUUUAGUAGUGAUUCUAUUGAUAAAUCUGAUGCAAGUAGCUUUGAUGCAUAUGAGCACGUGACACCCGAGUUCCUAAAUGCUCUUAAGACUUCGGGAUUGCCUAACCAUUCAAUCAAGUUAAAAGUUGGGGCCACUAUUAUGUUAAUGCGCAACCUAGACCAAUCUGAAGGUUUGUGCAACGGUACAAGGCUAACUGUUACUAGGCUUGCUGCUCAUGUCAUUGAAGCUAAGAUCAUUUCUGGAAAAAAUGUUGGUAAUUUAUUUUAUAUUCCUAGAAUGUCUUUGUCACCUUCACAAUCACCAUGGCCAUUUAAACUGGUGAGACGCCAAUUUCCAAUUAUUGUUUCCUUCGCCAUGACUAUUAACAAGUCUCAAGGCCAAUCACUUGAUAAUGUUGGUUUGUACUUGCCAAAAGAAGUUUUUAGUCAUGGCCAAUUAUAUGUGGCAAUCUCUAGAGUAAAAUCCAAAAAGGGUUUAAGGAUUCUUAUUCAUGACAAAGAUAAAGAACCUAUGCUCUCUACCACCAAUGUGGUAUUCAAAGAAGUGUUCCAUAACAUUUGA